CCUUUAUAUCACAACGAAAUAUAUAGCCUCUGCUUGAAAACAUCCUUCUACUUCCAGUUCGCAGUUAGGGUUCCAGCAUAUAAUCACCGAAUCUAGGGCUAGGGCGUCAUCGUCGGCCGGCGAUCAUGUCGGUGACGGCGGGUGUCAGCGAUGCGGUGAUCGCGAUCCGUGACAAGCUCCGUGGGAAGAUCGGACAGACGAAGGUGAAGAGAUACUGGCCUGGCAAAGCUCCCGAAUGGGCCGAUGAGGUUGAGGAGGAUGCGGAAUUGAGAACAGCAAGAGCGGCAGCCCUCGAGAAAGCUUUCCCCAUACAUGAAGAUUCUUCCUCCAAUCUAUCGCGCAAGGACGAUCGCAGGUUGCGACGACUCGCCGAGCUAAAGGCUGAGAAUAAGGAAGAGGUGAGAGCCGAUCAUCGCCGGAUCCGGCAAGCUGAGAUCAUUUCAACUAUUGAAGAGGAGAGCAGCAGACAGGAGGGGUUGGAUUUGGAAGAGGAGGAUGAGGAUGCUGUGGAGGAGAGGAGGAGGAGGAUACGUGAGAAGCUGCUGCAGAGGGAGCAGGAAGAAGCUGCUACAACACUUCCUCCUGUAGAGGAAGAAGAGGAGAUAGAGGAGGAGGAAGAAGAGGAAUCUGAGUACGAGACUGACUCUGAAGAAGAGCAGAUGGGUAUUGCCUUGGUGAAACCUGUCUUCAUCCCUAAAUCUCAGAGGGACACUAUUGCCGAGCGUGAGAGGCUUGAAGAGGAGGAGAGGCGUCUUGAGGAGCUUGCAAAGAGAAGACUCGAGGAGAGAAAGGUUGAGACAAAGCAAAUUGUUGUGGAGGAGAUACGGAAGGAUGAACAGAUUCAGAAAAAUUUGGAAGCUGAUGCAGAUAUUGCAGAUGUUGACACGGAUGAUGAAUUGAAUGAGGCUGAGGAGUACGAAGCUUGGAAGGUUAGGGAAAUCGCGAGAAUUAAGAGGGAGAGGGAUGAUAGAGAGGCGAGGUUGAAGGAGAAGGAGGAGAUUGAGAGGUUGAGGAAUAUGACGGAAGAGGAGCGCAGGGAGUUGGAGAGGAAGAACACUAAGCCUCUUCCUCAAACGAAGCAGAAGUGGAAGUUCAUGCAGAAGUACUACCACAAAGGCGCUUUCUUUCAGUCCAAUGCUGAUGAUCACGCAACUACUGCUGGCACAGAUGCCAUCUACAGACGUGACUUUUCAUCUCCUACAGGGGAAGAUAAGAUGGACAAGACGAUUUUGCCGAAGGUCAUGCAAGUCAAGCACUUCGGUCGCAGCGGAAGGACCAAGUGGACUCAUCUUGUUCAGGAGGAUACAACUGAUUGGAACACCCCGUGGACUGCUAAUGGCCCUCUUCGAGCAAAAUACAAUGCAAAAAUGGCAGGCAUGAAUGCGCCAAUAGAAAAACCCAAAGGGAGCCGAAAGUUGAAAGAAUGGGAUAGUAAAUAGUUCAUUUUUUCCCUCUAAGUUUCUUUUAAUUUUAAAAAUGCACGAAAGAGAACAUUUUUACAUUGCACACAUAAGAGUUCUAUGUUCUACUGCAUGAUCUUUUUUUACAUAAUCAAAUUUUAGUAUCUUCUCGUAAAUAGCUCAAUUUGGGUGGACUUAUUGUAAU